AUGCACGCCCACCUCGGCCUCGCCCUAACCCUCACUCCAAUCAUCAUCCUCUCCCUGAUCAUAACCAUCGGCCGCAUCUUAAACCGCAAGCGAUUCUCCAACGCCGAUACCUACGAUCUCGAAGCCAAUUCUUCUGAUUCUGAGAAAGAUGAUGAUGUUACUACCAAUAACAUCACCACUAGUACCACUGCCGCAAUGAUGCCUUUAAGACCUGCGAGAGCUGCGCUUGCUCCACAACGAAUCCAGUAG